GAGGCGUGACUAGGGGCGGGAAGUGGAGAAGGAGUGGGGCUGCGGAGCCGCGGCUGCCGCUGUCAUGGACGCCUGGGUCCGCUUCAGUGCUCAGAGCCAAGCCCGGGAGCGACUGUGUAGAGCUGCCCAGUAUGCUUGCUCCCUUCUUGGCCAUGCACUGCAGAAACAUGGAGCCAGUCCUGAGUUACAGAAACAGAUUCGACAACUGGAGGGUCAUCUGAGCCUAGGAAGAAAGCUUCUACGCCUGGGUAACUCAGCAGAUGCCCUUGAGUCAGCCAAACGAGCUGUGCACCUAUCCGAUGUUGUCCUGAGAUUCUGCAUCACUGUUAGUCACCUCAAUCGAGCUUUGUACUUCGCCUGUGACAAUGUCCUGUGGGCUGGAAAAUCUGGACUAGCUCCCCGUGUGGAUCAGGAGAAGUGGGCCCAGCGUUCAUUCAGGUACUAUCUGUUUUCCCUCAUCAUGAACUUGAGCCGUGAUGCUUAUGAGAUUCGCCUUCUGAUGGAACAAGAGUCUUCAGCUUGUAGCCGGCGACUGAAGGGUUCUGGAGGAGGAGUCCCAGGAGGAAUUGAAAUGAGGGGAUCUGGGGGUCCAGGGGCUCCAGGAGGAGGCCUGCCCCAACUGGCUCUGAAGUUUCGGCUCCGAGUCCUGCUCCUGGCUCGGGUCCUUCGAAGUCAUCCCCCACUUCUGCUGGAUGUAGUCAGAAAUGCCUGUGAUCUCUUCAUUCCACUGGACAAACUAGGCCUCUGGCGCUGUGGCCCUGGGAUUGUGGGGCUUUGUGGCCUCGUGUCCUCCAUCCUGUCUAUUCUCACCCUAAUCUGCCCUUGGCUACGGCUCAAGCCCUGAUACUCUGGUACAAGAUAAGGAGGGGACCUGAAUUGGUAAGAUGGAAUCUUAGAUCAUCCCUGGUGUACCAGCUUCAUUCUACCUCUACUCCUUGGUUAAAGUUAAAAAUCCAGAGACUUAGGAGUAGAGGGAGGGGCUUUGGGGAAGAUGAGGUGAGGAAGAGUGACUUGUGAAGUCAAUAAGACUAUUCUGAUGUUCAGAUCCACUGGAGCUUUUGUUCUUUUCCUCCGUUGUAUUGUCUGUGUCUCUCUUGACUCUUUUUGCUUUGUCUCUCUUAAGUCUAUUUAAGAUUCUGUCUCUGCAUCUCUUUUUUAUGUUCUCAGUUCCCUGUCCUACGAAUUUAAUCAGCAGCAGAAUUACUUUUGGGUCGAGGAGGUUGAAGGUGUGGUCCCUAAGGUUCUAACUGCCUUCUUCUUUUUCUUCACAAAGGUGGCUUGUGGCAGAUUUUACUCCCUUCAAACUUCAAAUCAUAAUUUUAAAGACUUUAUGUCCCAGAAGACUCUUCCCUCAUGCACCAGAGGUGGUUCGAUGCUUCCUCUUCCUCCCUCCUAUCUACCUCACCAACCUCCCUCAUGACUUGGCCCUUUUCCUUCUCUCUGCUCAUACCUGCAGAUUUCUGCUACACUUUGAUUUCAGGGCUUUGUUUCCUAGCCUGUUCUUACCCCUUCUUUGCCUAUCCAGAAUGAUGCUGUGUCUAGCAUCUUGCUGUAAAUAUUGUACAAUGAUUCUGUGUAAAUAGCUGUGGCCCAUGCCCACGAUGGAGAGCAAGCCUUCCAGGUCAGCAAAUUAAAGAUCAGUUUGCUCGUUGA